AUGUUCGCUGCCUUGGUAACUGCGCUUGGCCUGGCUGGCUCGGCCACCGCACAGGCACUCCCAGACCACACCAUUAUCACAGCAAUCUCCCCCAUCAUGAUGGGCCGCCUCGACCCCAUUAUCGACCCCGGCAAGAUCGGCUCACACGUCCACACCGUGAUGGGUGCCUCCAACUUUCGAUCGGAAUUGAGCAACCCUCAGGAAAUGCUCAACGCCGAGUGCACCACCGCCGUUGUCACUGCCGACAAGUCCAACUACUGGACGCCGACGGUUUACUACAUGCACGACAAUGGGACGUUUGAGGCCAUGCCGCCGUUUAACACUCGCAUCUACUACUUUACCAAAAACGAGACCAACAUGAACCCGUUCCCUCCGGGUCUGCGCAUGAUCUCUGGCACGUCUAUGAGCCGCGACACCAGCGACAUCCGUAUGCGUGGGGUCCAGAUUCACUGCGGUGACCAGCCGGAUCUCUUUAGACCCUGGCUUCCCAACGGCACGACGCACCCCAACGGCUGCCACAGCUUGCACGUUGGCGUCCGCUUCCCCUCAUGUGGCCUGGCCAACGGCGCCCUCGACUCGGAGAACCACUUUGACCACAUGACCUGGCCUGUCGAGAGCCUCGACUAUGGACCCGAGGGACCCAUUUACAGCCCCAACGGCGGGCUCUGCCCACCCUCCCACCCGAUCAAGUACCCGACCAUCUUCAUGCAGUCGUUCUACGAGUUCAAGGAGAACCAGGGCCGUCCUUGGAGGGCAGGCAAGAACAAUGUCGUGUUCUCAAAUGGCGACAUGCUCGGCCCCUCGUUCCACGGCGACUUUGUCAACGGCUGGGACCCGACCGUACUAACCAACUUUGUCAAGCAGUGCAACAUGCCCAACGGCGCGCAGGACAAGCCAGCAAACUGCCCAGCUUGGGCCCCCAGCUUCAACGAGCAGUCCUCGCGCAGCUGCGCAUACCAAGGCAUGCUCCCCGCCGAAGACAUUGGCCUGUACCGUGCCAUUGACAAGUUGCCCGGCUGCAACCCGCUCUGGGCCGCCGACGGCCCGGUUACCCGUCAGAAAUGUGAUUCGCCUGAACCCGGCUUCGCUGGCCCGAACCGUUUCAUCGGCAUCGGCAACGAGCGUCGCAUUCCCGUCUACCUGCCCAACGCGGGCAACUACACGGAGAUGUUUAUCAACGAGGACUUCCCGGCCUGGACCGGUCAGUGGGGUGGCGAGAACAACCAGAAGGGUACAGCCGGCGGCAUUACUUACGGCGACACUUUCGGCGGCGCGCGUGUCCAGGUAUCGAGUGACCAGGAUGUCGCCAACCACGUCACCUUCGCAACAGACGAGGUCGCUGGCAUGGGUGACACGUCGGUUUUCCGAGUCGACUUCCCGAUCAAGGCCGAGAGCGGGACGAACCAAGGCGCUGGACUAGACUCGAACGCCACCGCGGCCGGCCUUGACAAUGCUAGCGUUAACGCGUCCGCGUCUGCGGGGGCCGCUAGCUCGUCUGCGUCCGCGUCUGCGUCUGCGUCGGUCUCCGGGUCCGCCGCUCCGUCUGCGUCUGCCCCGCCAGUGACGUCCGGCAAGCCGGUGGACACCGAGACGAAGAACGGUGUGUCGAACGAGUCUGGCGUUGAGGAGCUCCCUGGCGGCGCGCUCGUCGCCGGCCACCCGGACGAGGGCACUGCUGCGGCGGCUCCCUCGGCCUCGACCUCGGGUUCGGCCUCGGCCUCGGCUUCGACUUCGGCUUCUGGCGAGUCACACCACGGCGGCACACGCGUGUACUCGUCGGGCCCGAACGGCAGUGGCAGCGGCAGUGGAAGUGGCAGCAGCGGUGGCAGCGGCAGUGGCAGUGGCAGCGGCAAGAAGUGCAACCGCAAGCGCCGCCGCUCGCGUCACUAA